AUGGCCUGCUACACGCUUUCAGCCGACCUGCUGCGCCGCGCACUGGGCGCCCCAGACCCCUCCCAGCCGGGCACCGCGUGGGUGCAGCGGGCGCCGGAGGGGCCUCCAACCGGUGGCGCCGGCAGCGCCGUCGAGACCAUCUCCGCGCAGCACGAGUCCGACGAUGAAGUGGUUGCUGACAUCACCGUGGACCUGGGCGCGGAUGCGCUAGCGGGCCUCAAGGGCGGGAAGAGCCAGGACCAGGGCGCCCCCGAGCAGCUGCUGCCGUCGCUGCCGCCGCCGCUGCCGCCGCUGCACCUCCUGUGCCCCUGCCACGCCGAGCUGCUGGUGCAGGCUGAGACGCGGGAGGCUGCGCCGGCGCUGCGCAUUGCUGUUGAGCCCUCCAAAGGCCUCAAAUCAGACGCCUGGCGCCUGGUCGGCCCCUACCUCCGCCGUUACGGCGCUGGCGCCCUCUCAAACUCUACCCUCAUAAAUCCGGAGUACACCCACCUAUUUGUGCCCGGCCUGGGCAGCCAGCCCUACGUCACAGCCAAGGCCUACGGCCGCGCGAUUGCCGUCGGCAUCGGCGACCCGCUCGCCGCGCCGCGCGACUGGCCGGCGCUGGCCGCCGCGUUCAAGUCCGCGCUGCCGCAUGCAUCGUUUAUGCACGUCGGGCCCGCGUACGCGCGCGUGCUGCAAGAGCAGCUGGGGUUUACGAUCGCCGACAUGGGCGCAGAGACGAAUAUCCUGGUGCAGGCCUGGGGCUACAGCAAGCGGACCCGCACGAUCCGCGUGGCGGCGCGCGGCGCGCGCAGCGCGGGCGUGCGGGUGCGCGAGGUGGGGCUGGCGGGCCUGACUCAAGACGUGUGCCGCCAGCUGGCGGACGUGACGGGUGACUGGCUGCAGCAGAAGAGCGUCAAGGACCAGGAGCUGCGAGUCUUCAUCCGCCACCUGGAAUACAAAAACCCCCAGCUGGAGGACGGCGUUCGCCUGUUCCUCGCCGAGCGCGACACACCGUCGGCAGCGGGUAUGCAGCGCAGGAUUGAGGGAUUCGUGCUGUUGGACCCGCUAUGGCGCGGCGGCGAGGCGUUUGGCUACACGACAUCGCUCAACCGCAUGCGGCGCGACGGCCACCACGGCACCCUGAAGCUGCUGUAUGAGGAGAUCCUGGCGGCGGUCAAAGCAGAGGGCAAGGAGGUGCUGACCUUCGGCUUCAGCCCCUUCUUCAACCUUCAGAGGUUGCCUUUCCACGGCUCGAUGUUGGCCCACGUGGCCCUGACGUUCCUGUUUGAUCACGGCAACAACCUCUACCAGUUCCAAAACCUCGCCUUCUCGAAGGCCAGGUAUGGUGGCGGCGUGGUGGGAGACGCAUACCGCGACCCCAGUGUCACGAUGACUCACGUGUACUGCGCCCUGCCCACGGGCCGCCCAGGAAUCAGGCUGCUGCUUGACAGCUGGAUCAUGUUCCAGUUUGUGGGGUUCUUCGGCGGCUUUUGGGACACCUUUUUGAAGCUGGUGGGCAUUGGCGAGAGCCUGCACGGCCCCGGCUGCCCCGACGGGGGGGACGGCCGCCGCGAGGAAAGCAGCGUGCAGUCCGUCAGCCGAGGCAGCUCGCCGGCACCCUCGCUGGCAGGCCCUGGGUCCAGCUCAAGUGCUUGA